GGAAAUGGAUGGAUGGAUGGAUAGUACAGCAGCAGUAGUUCACUUUCUCUUUUAUGCUGCAGUCAUUUGUUUUUCAUUCAGGCCAGACUUUGGACAACCUCAUUGCUUUGCUGGUCCUUCCUUGACGUGGCAAAUAAAAAUGGCUGCCGAGUGGUAACGCUGUGGUGUUGUCGGUACUUAAAUUGCUACCAAAAGUUGAUUGGCAUUGUCCUUCCGUUCUCUGAUGAUUUUUUUUAAAUCGCUUUUUUGUUAUUGCAAAUUUCAAACUAUAUCAUGAGUGGCUGGCCUGGGUUUUCAGAAGCCGAACUGCGGAAAUUGCAGCAAAAAGACUCCGUGAUAGCAAGCAAGCGCAAACUACGACCGCCCAACCGGGGUCGGCAACAAUUGCAACGUGAGAAAGUCUUGCAGCAAGCCGCUCGGGCAAGUACUGCAUUUGUGUCCCAUGAACUUCAACCCGAGCAGCAGCUCAAUACACUGCCUUCGAGAGGUGAGCGCGAGGACAUUGCACCUGGAGGUCCGGCUGCUAAAAGGAAUGCGCAACAGAGUCUCGGCGAGGAAAGGACGCAAGAAAAGACGCAAAAUCCGGAGGUGAAGGAGCUGGAAAUAGAAGAGAUUGCACUUCGAGGCAAGACUCGCCUGGAGCAACUGCAACAGGAACAAAAGAUCAUUGAAGAGAGGAACAAGUACAAGAGGGCUCUGCUUGCGAAAACUAUAGCUGAAAAGUCCAAACAAACUCAAGCUGAGGCGGUGAAGCUGAAGAGAAUCCAGAAAGAGCUGCAGGCCCUCGAUGACAUGGUUUCUACUGACAUCAGCAUUCUGAGAGGAAAGAUAGAGCAAGCCAGCUGGGACUACACGACUGCCAGAAAGAGGUACGACAAGGCAGAGACAGAGUAUGUCAUGGCGAAGUUAGACCUACACAAGAAAACAGACAUUAAGGAGCAGCUGACAGAGCACCUUUGCGCCAUCAUCCAACAAAACGAGCUACGCAAAGCCCUCAAGCUGGAAGAACUGAUGGAGCAGUUGCAGCUUCAGGCCACUGAGGAGGAGCUAGAGAGGCAGAAGGUGGAAGAAGGCAAUGUGGGAAACUGUGAACUGCAAGCACAUGUGAAAGAGCAGAAUGGCGUUUUGGAAUGUCAGGAGGGAAUAGUGCAAUGGACACCCACAGAGGAGGAAAGUCUGAAGAAGGAUGAUGGCAUCCAUCUGGAGCACCAAUUGAGGAAUGAAGCACAGCUGGAGCAAGAGUGUAAAACAGCAGUGUUCCCAGAAUGAAAUGGUGGCUCAUACAUGACAUUGUCCAUUCCUCAGAGGGAGUCCUAAACACUGCAGCAUCAUAUCAUUUUCAGAUCAUAUUUAUCUGAUGUGACCCAAAUGUUUUCAGAAUACAGCAAAACAUACAGGAACUGGCCUCGCUGUUCCAAUACUUUGGCAAGAGAUCAAAAUUGCAGCUUUUCCAGGUCGCGUUCCCCCACGACUCGCAGAGGAUAGGGACAGAUCCCUGCCGCAAAUUGCAAAAAAAGUUAUUGGUUUAUUGGCUAGAGAACACAUAAAAUGGCAGCAACCCCCCUAUCAGACAUGGCUAUGGCCUUAAAACGGCAAAUAACGGAAGAUAGGUUUCCCAAAACAUUUGCGAAUCGAGAAUAUGCGGGACCUGAUACCCAACUUGGAAGAAAGCAUUAUCUGUAACAACACCAAACGUUUAUGUGAGCAGUGAAGUUCAUAGUUAAUAUUGAAAUCAUUAGCUCAAAGCAAUAAAUGAAUUAACCCUGUGAACCACUGACAUCACCAAACUUUUAAAUUAUUCUUUUGUUCCUAUACUUUUGCUCACAUGAGAAAUGGGUGUGUUCAAACAAAGUCGAAUUUGUCGUUCAGAUUCUGUAAGUACCUGGAAAUAGACUCGUAAAUGUUCUCACUCGUCAUAUUCAUAUUUUGGUAUUCGACCCAGAUGUUUUUACAGCAAAUGUAAAAUAAUUGUUUAGAUUUUUACAUACAGGCGCAUCUCAACACAUCCUGGAAAACUAUUUCAGUAGCUAAAUUCAAAUUGUUAUAUGAAUGAAACGCACGGGCAAAUUUUUCAUUUUUGUCAAGAUUAUGACUUAUGACAGCUAAUAUGAACUAAAAAUUCAAUAUCUCCUAAACAUUUUAAAUGCAGUGGUACCUCGAAUUAUGAGUGACCCAACUUUAAAGUUUUUUUGAUAUUCAAGUCUUCAACUCGGCCUUUGUUUUAGCUGUUUUAAAAGCCUUGCGUUGCAAGCAAUGAUUUGAGUUACGACCCGCAACCGCUAGAUGGCGGCAGUGAGCUUUAUAACAUCAUGCAACAGUUUAGCCCUGAGCGAGUCAAAGUAUGCUUGUUUCAAGCGGUUUGUUCCCACUCCCAGUUAGUUUACUGUAAAACUAAACUUAAAACAGAGAAUUAUAUGGUGUAUACUUAUCGGGAGACUAUGCGCCCCAGGAAGAAUAACCUGACACGGAAGGUGUGACCCACGAGGAAUGAAUCAUUUGCCGUGCACUCGCGGGCACACACAUAGCCAGCCGGUCACCAGCACAACCCCGCAGCCUUGCGCUGACUUGUUAGCUUGGGCUUUAGGAGCUUUGCUGAAAUUUUUUGUUCCACCUUUGGGAAAAUGAGAAGGGAAAAAAAAGCCCUUCCCUAGUUAGCUAAAAA